AUGGCGCUCCAUGUCAUUAAGCAACAGCGUUCGGACAAAAAUGGACUAUUGACUGCGGGGUCUCUGUCACCCGGCCUCGCCUCUGUCACCCGGCCUCGCCUCUGUCACCCGCCUCGCCUCUGUCACCCAGCCUCGCCUCUGUCACCCUGGCCUCGUUUGUCACCCAGCCUCGCCUCUGUCACCCAGCCUCGCCUCUCUGUCACCCAGGCUUUCUCUGUCACCCGGCCUCGCCUCUGUCACCCGGCCUCGCCUCUGUCACCCGGCCUCGCCUCUGUCACCCGGCCUCGCCUCUGUCACCCGGCCUCGCCUCUGUCACCCGGCCUUUCCUCUAUCACCCGGCCUUUCCUCUAUCACCCGGCCUUUCCUCUAUCCACCCAGCCUCGCCUCCUGUCAGCCGGCCUUUCCUCUGUCACCCAGCCUGCCCUCUGUCACCAGCCUUUCCUCUAUCACCCAGCCUUUCACCUCCUAUCACCCGGCUUCGCCUCUGUCCACCCGGCCUUUCCUCUAUCACCCGGCCUCGCCUCUGUCACCCAGCCUUUCCUCUAUCACCCAGCCUCGCCUCCAGUCACCCAGCCUUUCCUCUAUCCACCCGGCCUUUCCUCUGUCACCAGCCUCGCCUCUGUCCCACCCAACCUCGCCUCUAUCACCCAACCUCGCCUCCUAUCACCCAGCCUUUCCUCUGUCACCCGGCCUUUCCUCUGUCACCGGCCUCGCCUCUGUCACCAGCCUUUCCUCUGUCACCCCGGCCUCGCCUCUGUCACCAACCUUUCCCUCUAUCACCCAGCCUUUCCUCUGUCACCAGCCUCCGCCUCUGUCACCCAGCCUCGCCUCUGUCACCCGGCCUCACCUCUAUCACCCGGCCUUUCCUCUGUCACCCAGCCUUUCCCUCUGUCCUGCCAGCCUCACCCUCUGUCACCCAGCCUCGCCUCUGCCCAACCUCGCCUCCUAUCACCCGGCCUUUCCUCUGUCACCCGGCCUUUCCUCUGUCACCAGCCUCGCCUCCUGUCACCCGGCCUCGCCUCUGUCACCGGCCUCGCCUCUGUCACCCAGCCUCGCCUCUCUGUCACCCAACCUUUCCUCUGUCACCCGGCCUUUCCUCUAUCACUGACCUUUCUCUAUCACCAGCCUCGCCUCCUGUCACCCAGCCUCGCCUCUGUCACCAGCCCUUCCUCUGUCACCCGGCCUUUCCUCUGUCACCCGGCCUCGCCUCUGUCACCCGGCCUUUCCUCUAUCACCCGGCCUCGCCUCACUCUUAAUUAA